UCUUUUCUUUCCUUGGUGGUCAGAAACUGAUUUGCGAUGGAAGAUACAUAGAUGGAAUAAAUAAGAAAACAGAGUGUGACACAUCCUUUUUUGAAAAUGCUGUCCGUCUUUGGGUCAGAGAAGGAUAAGGAGAGGCUCCUUAAGGCCAGUCGUCAUCUGUAUGAUAGCAUCUACACGUUUGUCUCCUCUACCAACACCAUAUUCCGAAUGCUCAACCAGUAUAUUGGAAGUGAAUUGGCCAUCUUUACAGUGAAGGAAAACCUUAGCAUCAAAGAGAACCUUCAGCUCUUGGGGAGCUCUCUAAAAGAGAUGCAGGAGAUAGUGGUGGCAAAGGAUAAAGAUGUCAAACAGAAAGUCAGCCUUCCACUGUAUUCUAAGAUUACUGUGUCUAUCCGUUCCACGGAUGAAAAGAUUAAGCUUAUAAAGGACAUUAAUGGUCAAUAUCAGGGAGAUUUAGGAAGUAUCUGUGGUCCUAUUUGUGCAGUCAUAAUAAAAAAUGGUAAUCUCCCUGAGAAACUUGAUAAUUCCAUUCGGGAUUUAAUGAACAGUCCUGUGCUUUCUCUUCGAGUGGGUGAACUUCUCAUGACCCAUGAAGAAAUUGCUAAAGCACUUCCGGACUCCAGCGCCACUUCGUCCCAUUCAGUGGUUCCAGUACAAGCGAGAAGCCGCAGUCAGUCUGUAAUUACCAGUACUUUCUCACUUACCAACUUCAUGCGGGCAGUUCUUCGGACACAACCAUGUAAGAACACCAUUGAACUAGCUGCAGAUUGCCUGGAAGACGCUGUUAAGGCACUGAAGCCAGGUUGCGAAAGUUUUCACAGCACUGUCAAGAUGGCUGAAGAGUACGUCACAUUGAUCAUUGACAAGAUGCAGUGA